AUGGCACUACAGCGAGCGCGCCACACUGAUGCUUUACAGCGUAUUAUGAUUUCUUUCAAGCAUUUCGAAAAGAAACUUGAUAAAUUACAAGAUGACGUAAACGACCACGGCAAAACUUUAGGUGACCUCAAGACUAUGGUGAGCAAACUUUCACAAAAUACAGUAAUCGGUCCUGAAAGCAAGCUCGACGAUUGGAGGGUACCUUUCAAGACGUCUGCAUCAGUACAGUACGAAGAAACGAAAAGAGAUUCAUGCUCUGUUCCCAAGAGAAAGAAAAACAUACAGCCAUUGCCAAUUAAAUCAAAAGCUAAGAGCUUACAAAAUCAGAAUAUUAUAGAAGCAGCGUUUCCAAUUUCCGUUCCUCCAAAAAUAAUUAGAAAACGUUCGCCUCGGACUCGUAAAGUCGAAACCCCUCGCAAAACUCCCACACUACGAUCCCACAAAGGCUUAGAAAAUAAACACAGUAAGCUAAAAGAGCAGAUAGUGGAAUGA